UUUGCAUUGGCCAGAUUCGCCUAACUGCCAGAUCGAAAAUCAUUUCACCGAAAGCCAAACUCAAUUUGAUAUUUCAAUUCUUAAAUAAUUAUUUAUUCAAAAUAAAUAUAAAACAAAAGUUUUAAAGAUGGGUCGAAUCUUUUGUGCUGUUUUUGUAAUUACAAUUUCGGGCUUAUGUCUGGCAGCGGAUAUCGAGUUGCCUCCUGUAGAGUUCAAGCCGGUCCGGGAAAUACCUGGUGACAUUCCGACCUGCCGGGAGGGUGACAUCAAUAUCAGCGAGUGCAUCAAACAGGGCCUCCAGCAGAUAACGCCACGCAUGAAGUACGGCAUCAGCGAGCUGAACAUCCCGCCCCUCGAUCCCUUCGAGAUGGGCAAGAGCUCCUACAGCUAUAAUUCUGGCCUCCUCCAGGGACGUAUCUCCAUGAAGAACGUCGUUGUCCACGGCCUUAGCGAGGGCAUCGUGGACAAGGUCAACUUUCGGCUGAAGGACGGACGCGUUCGCAUGGAGAUCCUCUCGCAUGUCCCACAAAUGUUCGUCGAGGGCCUCUACAAGGCGGACAUUAAGCUUAAUGAUCUCAAACUGAACCCAAAAGGAUCUUUUAACGUUACCCUGACUGAUGUCACGAUGAAGGCAAGACCUCUUGGCGAGCUGUAUGAGCGUGAUGGUCACACCUACCUGCGUCUGACCAAACUGGAGACUGAGCCCAAGGUGGGUGACCUGAAAUUCUACGCCAACGGCCUAGUUCCGGAUCCAGUACUUAACGAUGUCAUCUUGGACUUUAUUAAUCAGUACUGGCGUCAACUGUAUCAGGCCAUGCUUCCCGAGACAUUGGCCGCGUGGCAACCCUUGCUAGUGAAGUCCGCCAAUGACUUCUUCGCUGCGUUGCCAUUUGAUAUGCUUGUUACCAAGAAUUGAGAUCCCUGACUCUCUUUGUUAUACAUUAUUUAUACUCUUCGGCUUCAUAAAAGAGGUGUUAACAUAGUUUAUACCGAAAUAAAGUUUAAAAUACUUAAA